UCCAGCUAUCACUGUCAUCAGUGGGCAAAUUGGCAUAAACAGGCCUCCACAAGUGGAAAAACAUUUAACCCUUCUGCUUGUUACACUCUGGAUCCUCUCAGUAGCCAGAAAACAGAAAGAAAAUCUUACUGUCCAUGAUCGAAGGGUAAAACCAAGAGUGCAGCACCGACCUGAAGCAUCUCUUCAGGCGGAGCCUGAAAUUUGAAGAUUUUCUUUCCUGUUGGAGACUCCAAAUAAAUAGAAAAAAAGCUAUCCAAGAUGACUGUCACUUACUCCAGUAAAGUAGCAAAUGCGACCUUUUUUGGAUUUCAUAGGUUACUUCUCAAGUGGAGAGGCAGCAUCUACAAACUCCUAUACAGGGAAUUUAUUGUUUUUGCUGUUCUUUACACAGCAAUAAGUUUGGUGUACAGAUUGUUACUUACAGGAGCCCAAAAACGUUACUUUGAAAAAUUAUCAAUUUACUGUGACAGAUAUGCUGAACAAAUUCCAGUAACCUUUGUGCUUGGGUUUUAUGUUACUUUAGUAGUGAACCGAUGGUGGAACCAGUUUGUGAAUCUGCCCUGGCCUGACAGGCUGAUGUUCCUCAUCUCCAGCAGUGUCCACGGAAGUGACCAGCAUGGACGCCUUCUCAGAAGGACACUGAUGCGUUAUGUAAAUCUCACAUCCCUGCUCAUCUUCCGUGCUGUGAGCACGGCUGUAUACAAAAGGUUUCCAACAAUGGACCACGUAGUUGAAGCAGGUUUUAUGACAGCAGAUGAAAGGAAAAUAUUUGACCACCUCAAAUCUCCUCAUCUGAAAUACUGGGUUCCAUUCAUCUGGUUUGGUAAUCUUGCAACUAAAGCCCGAGAUGAAGGUAGAAUCAGAGACAGUGUUGAUCUUCAAUCACUGAUGACUGAAAUGAAUCGAUACCGCUCUUGGUGCAGCCUCUUAUUCGGUUAUGACUGGGUUGGGAUUCCACUGGUUUACACACAGGUUGUCACUCUUGCUGUCUACACCUUCUUCUUUGCAUGCCUGAUUGGACGCCAGUUUUUGGAUCCCACCAAAGGCUACGCGGGGCAUGACUUAGAUCUUUACAUUCCAAUCUUUACUCUCCUACAAUUCUUCUUCUAUGCAGGAUGGCUCAAGGUGGCUGAGCAGCUUAUCAAUCCUUUUGGAGAAGAUGAUGAUGAUUUUGAAACUAACUGGUGCAUUGAUAGAAAUUUACAGGUCUCUCUUUUAGCUGUGGAUGAAAUGCAUAGGAGCUUACCCAAGAUGAAGAAGGACAUUUACUGGGACGAUUCUGCUGCUCGACCACCAUACACACUGGCAGCAGCUGACUACUGCAUACCCUCAUUUCUAGGGUCAACAAUCCAAAUGGGGCACUCUGAGUCUGACUUCCCUGGCGAGGAGUGGCUGUGGGACUAUGAGAAGCACGGCCAACGGCAUUCGAUGAUCAGGAGAGUCAAGCGAUUCCUGAGUACCCACGAGCACCCCACCAGCCCCAAGAGGAGGAACUUUGGGAGGCAGGCCAGCGACAGCUCCAUGUUAUUCCCGCUCAGCCCAGCUCGCGACCUGCUGGACGUGCCCUCAAGAAACCCCCACAGAGCUUCGCCCACUCGGAAACAGCCCCCCUCCCUCGAGAGCAGUCCCAAGAUGCACUCCAGCAUGGGAGAGCUGUCCACCAUCAGGGAGACCAGCCGGACCAGCACUCUGCAGAGCCUGACCCCGCAGUCCAGUGUGCGGGCCUCCCCCACCAAAAUGCCACAGGUCCCCGAGGUACUGGUCACCAAUGCUGAAGCUCCAGAGCCCUCUUACGAAGGCCACCACCAUGACUCCGCUACCUCCAUCUUGAGCUUAGAGUUCACCGGGGUUCAACCCAGCAGGACUGGGCAGCAGGAGGACCCAGCAGGACUCCUGGCCCCCUCCGAAAAGGGGACACCUCCUCUGGGGCCUAUUCCUCAGACUGGUCCAGAAAGCGACGAGAGACACCUUUUUCUGUUCGAGGAAAACCCAACUGAGGAUAGGUUCCCCAAAAGGUGGAGUCUCCCAGAGUUCCACGAGUCUAACCACACCUCCCUGGCAAACCUAGGUCCAGAUCCCCUGAGCCCGGUGCCCGCUCUGUUGAUCGACACGGAAACGUCCUCGGAGACCAGUGGAACCAACUAUGAGGUCGGCUCUGGAGUCUCUCCUGAUAUGCUGUACUUAAUGGAAAACCUGAACACCCAGGAAACCGAUAUCCUAGAAUUUAACAACGAGCAAACGGGGGGAAUGCCACAAAGUUCUAGGACCUAGUUCUAGCCUAGAUUCGUAUUUUACCAAAAGCUCAGCAUUAGUCCCAGAAUACCCAAGGGGCUCGUAUUUUUUUUUUUUUUAAUCACACAAUAAGCUACUUAGAACAUUGAAGGGCAUUAGGAUCCUUUUUGAAAACCAUGAAAAUCAAACAAAUUCACAUCAUCCCCAAAUGGCUAUCAUGGAAGUUAUGCACACCAUACUGAAUUAUCCUAACCAAUAAGGAGUCUUGUGUAAAUAUAUAUGACUUAGAAAUUCACAGAUUAUUAUCUUUGGAAAGGGCCUUAUAGAUCAUAGUCCAAUCCUCUAGAUACAAAACCCAAGACAGAUUCUCUCUUUCUUUUCUCUUUCUUUUUUUUUUCUUCCUUUUUUCCUUCUUUUCUUUAACUAUAAAGACGGGAGAUGGAUCAGAAUGCCAAAGGCUCUUUUGUAUUUACAAUAUUUUGGGGCUUUCCAUUGACCUCACUCCCACUUUUCUAUAACUGUUAUUAUUAACGUUUUCCAAUUCUUAAGCUCCAUCCAUGUUAGAAAGCUUCAUUUCUCUUCAAUCUUCCUUUUUUCUUUCCCUUUUAUUCUGUUAUUCUGUUAUUCUGUUUUUUCCUUUCCCUUUUCCUUGUCUUGCUCCUUCUCCAAUGACUCACCCGUUUUACAGGUGAGAGUAUUUUAUAGUAUUUUCUCUUUCCAGCUCUGUGGGUUGCUUGCUUCUUGCCAUGGUAUUCAAAAUAUGAGGAACUGGCAAAACAUCCUACCAAUUAAUCAGUGAUGUUAACAGAUCUCCCACUCUUCCAGUCUCAUUGUAGAAGGGGUGUUGGAGUUGAUGGUGACCAUUCUCUCAAAGCCAUUGCUGUUUCUUUCUUUUUCUACUCUUUGAUCUUGGACACUGGAGAAACUAAAGCCAAGAGGAUAUGAAACUUGCAUAAUCAAUUGCUGUGGAACCAAAAUAUAACAUGGCUCAAAUCUGUUUAACUUGAACUCUGAAACAAAAAAUCCCAAUUGUGUCACAAUGUGGGACCAGUUACUGUGUCUAGCAGGUCAUUUGAAAUGAAAGAGGAUAUUGGAGCUGGCUGGAUAAUGGGGUCCAGGACUGCAUGGUGGGGAUUGGAUAUUGGCUGAGUCCCUCUUUUAGGGUGGCCAUUUGUUGAACCUCCCAUAUCUGCAAGGACUUCCUGAGGCUCACCACUCUCAUUAUUUGUUGUCUGAUAAAGCCUGGCUACCUAUGGUUUAAGAAAUAAAAUCAUCCUAAGCUAAAACUUGCUCACAGUGUUCCAGGCAGUGGCAUGCAAAGUUCACAGAUAAUGUCUCCAAUCCCCAUAGGAAUCCUGUGGGAUCAAUAUACUAUUAUAUUCGUUUUGAAUAUGAAGAAGAGGUGUUGAAGAAGUGAAGUAAUGUGUCUAAAAUCUCACAGCCAGGAGGAUCUGGCUCAAAAGCACACACUCUUAACCAUUGUGCUUCCUCACUACCCUGUGCUGUCUGUAAAGCCCUGAAUCUGCCUGCAGUUUGCCUGGCAUUCUACUCCAAGGGAGCUAUUAUGGUUUAGAUAUGAGGUAUCCCCCAAGAGCUCAUGUGUGAGACAAUGUAAGAAAGUUCAGAGGUGAAAUGAUUGGGCUAUGAGACUCUUAACCUUAUCAACACAUUAACCCUUAAUUGGGCAGUAAUUGUAAGUAGGUAGGAUGUGGCUGGAGGAAGUAGUCACUAGAGGCAUGGCUUUGGGGUUUAUAAUUUGUCU